AUGUUGAAUAAGGAUGCGCCCUGGCUUGUGCCAAUAUACGCCACCAUCGCAUUCCUGGUCGAAAUAGUUGUAUACUUCUAUGUCCUCCCAGAGAGUCAAAGCCAUAGGUUGCAGUCGUCCCUGGCUGAGACUGAAAGUCUAAUAUUUUUCCACUUCCUCGCAUUGUACUCUAGCAUUGUUGUCUAUCGCGUGUUCUUUCAUCCGCUCCGUCGGUAUCCUGGUCCUAUACUUGCAAGAAUAACGAAUUUCUGGCAUGUAUACAAAUGCUUGGAUGCGAAGAACCAUCUCCUGCUCGAGAAGUUGCAUGAACAGUAUGGACCCAUAGUCAGAGUGGGUCCUCAGGAGCUGUCCAUCGUUAGCCCAGACAUACACUUGGCCAUGAGUGGAGCCCGAACCAAAUGCACGAAGGCUGCUCUAUACGAUCUGACUCUGCCCUCAAGAGGCCUGAAUGUGACAAGAAACACAAGCGAGCAUGACCGUCGUAAAAAAGUCUGGGAUCCAGGUUUCACAGCUUCAGUAGCCCUGGAAUCAUACCACGGCCGGAUAGUCUUCUAUGGAGACCAGCUCUUGCAAUACCUGCAAUCGAAACAAAACCAGCCGAUAGACGUUCGCGAAUGUUUCUACUGGUUCGCAUUCGACAUAAUGGGAGACCUAGCUCUCGGCCGCUCCUUCAACAUGCUCCGCAAUGGCCAGUGGCACAACGUCCUAGCAACCAUGCGCAAAGGUAUGAGCAUGCUCGGCCCACUGACACCUGUACCAUGGCUUGCUCGAGUCGGAAUGGCGAUUCCAGGGGCGAUGAAAGAUUGGAACAAUAUGUGCAAAUGGUGCGAAGAGAGAAUGCGAGAGCGCCUGCAAAUGGGGGUGAAAGAGCUUGAUAUAUCGCACUGGCUGAUUGAGGGCUCGCGCAACGGAAACGGAGAUUAUGACUGGGACUGGCUGAGUGGCGACGCGCUCUCGAUCAUUACGGCGGGAAGCGAUACUGUGGCUACGACGCUUGUGUUUGCAUUCUAUGUACUUGCUUUGUAUCCGGAAGAGCAACGCAAACUUCGGAGGUCACUGCCUCCGGCGGUAGAUAUUGGUUCGCAGGAGAAGCUUGCGCAGAUGGCGCAUCUCAAUGCCUUUUUGAAUGAAGUUCUCCGAUUGUAUCCUGCAGUACCAUCCGGCGGAUACCGUAUCGUAGGCGAACAAGGCUUGCCGAUAGCUUCUCUGAACACAAUCAUACCUCCAGAAACAAUAAUCACUGGCCCACGCUGGAGCAUCUCUCGACUGGAGAGCUGUUUCGAACAAGCGCAUGACUUCAUACCAGACAGAUGGACCACACGCGCGCAUAUGGUGAAGGACAAGAGGGCCUUUGUGCCAUUCAAUCAAGGACGAUACAGUUGCAUUGGCAAGAAUCUGGCGUGGAUAGAGCUGAGACACAUCCUUGCUUUGUUGGUCAGUCGAUUCGAGGUUACCUUUGGGCCCGGCGAGGAUGGCUCGAGAUUCCUUGCAGAUAUGAAGGAUACAUUUGCUGCUGCACCUGGAAUGUGUUCCUUGGUCUUCAAAGAUAUUGGUUCGAGCGUCUGA